AUGUGCUCGGGCGGCAAGCGAGUGCCGGAGGCGGAAGGCCAGGGCCAGGCGCGGGGGGAAGGAGCCACAGCGAUGGUGGACGCGCUCGCGGACAUCACCGGCACCGGCACGCCCUCGAGCGGCGCCAUGUCCUCUCCCGCUUCAUGGCUCCCGGACCGCGGCAGCCUCUCAAGGCUGCUCGCUUCGCCAGUGAACGUGCCGAAAGGAUGCGGCUGUGGCGGCCUCUUAUCUUUGGGGGACUGGCUUCGAUCUCUCUGCGAGCCUUGGCCAGAAGAUGAGGAGCCCGGCCAUGCCCGGUUGCAGCGGCUCCACGAGAAGCGGCUCCGCGAGCAGGCGGCGGAGAGGGCCCUGGCAGAGGCGCGGAAGCUUGCCGAGGAGCAGGAGGCUCGGGAGUGGCAGGAGGAGCUGAAGGUCUUGGAGACGAAGCGUCUGCGUCUGCAAGGCGAGGAGCUGGAGAAAGACUGCCUCUCCUACUUUGCCUCAGCGGAGAUUCUUUUGAAGGAGGACGUCCAAGAGAGGUCCCCCGUGACGGUGGAAGAGGUUCAGCCGGAGGCCAGUGUGGGCCAGCGCAAUGUGACAUCCAAGGAUCCCGUCGAGAGCUGGUUUCGUGGCCUCUUGAAGGAGCCUGCGGAGCCAGAGGACUCCGAGUUCAACUCCUUUGGCGAAAGCGAGCUCCAGCUCGGGCACGGCGGAGCGCUGGCGAAGGCCGUGGAGGCGGCCGCCGAGGAGCCUCAGACUGUGUAUUUUGGUGGAAAGGUAUGCUCGAGAGAUCUUUCGUCAGCUUCCAUCUCCGUGCUGUUGCGAGAAACCUCGGAGUUUCGCGGAGCGCAUCUUCUGGUCAUGGUCGACGGCGGGGCGCGGGUGAUACGAUUUGGCACGAACAUCGUGGCGAGGAUGUGCAUCUUGGAGGUGCAGACGUUGCAAGAACUUGGAAGGACCCUCGGGCAUCAAUAUGUUGCGAGGGGUGCAAAAGCUGCUGGCGAGGAGACCGAAAGCUUCAGCGAACAACUCGACCAGUUGCUCGCCAGGAGUUCACGCAAAUCUUUGGAUAUGGUGGACGUUGGGGAUGCUGAAUCUUCCAAGGCUUCGAAAGCAGAAGAGGCCGCGGACUGGGUUAAAGCGCUGAUGGAAGUUUUAGAAGCCGUGCUCCCGAAACUGCGGAAAGUUUCUGAUGCUUUGGCUGCUUCACCAGACCCGGGCUCCGAACGCCUGUGCCUUGCUUUGGCCGCUUCCGAGCUGGGGCAGAAGUUCCGCUGCUUGGAGGAGAGCCGCCCACAGGGCCCAGCGACUCCAGUCCCUCGCUUCUUCCAUCAGGGUCCGUUUCUGGGGCCCGCGACAGCGGACGUUCUUUGGGGCCUUGUGGCGCAACAGAAGCCGUUGCUGCUGGAAAACUGGGUCCUGGUUCCCGGGUCACCGUUCGGCUGGCAGAUGAUGCGGGCGACCGGCGUCGGCUGGUGGGGGUCGGCCUUGGAUCAGAUCGUCACGCCGCAGAGGCCGCAGAGCUCCCUCAGCACCUUCGAUGCCGGCGUCUGGGGCCGGGCCCCGGAGGAGCAAGAGCAGGUGGCACGGAAGUUGGCCGUGGACGAGGCGGUCUUCUGGUCCGUGGUCUUGGGUGCCACAGCUCCAAAGCUCCGGGCGCUCUGCAAGACCGGGCUCUUCAAGGAAGGCCAAGGCGGGCAGCUGUGGACACUGCUGAGUCACGAGAGGGCAAACGAGCCUGCGUUCCUGCGGAAGAAUGCUUUCCGCCUGCUGGAGUUGCACCGUUUUCAUCUGGCAGCCGCAUUGUUCCUGCUGGCUGGGAGCUGCGAGGAGGCUUUGCAAAUCAUCUCCAGGCAUUUGAAGGAUCUGCAGCUCUGUGUUCUCGUUGCCCGAGACCCGAAGCACCGCGAAGCGCUGCAGAAGGUCUUGCAGCGGACCGAGGCAGCGGCGGAGGACCUCUGGCUGAUGCGGCUGCUGGCCCACCACGGCGGCGCCGAGGCCAUGGCGGCCAUGGAGCCGGCGGCCACCGCAUCCACCGCAUCGCCGGCCUCGCCGGCGACCAUGCCGCGGGCACAACUUCACCAAAGCUUCGAUGGUUUGCGCCUCUCGCAGACGCGGCUCUUGCCGGAAGUGGAGAGGCGAAUCCGAGAUUGUCAGCUUGGGCUUGGCUAA